UUUAUUGUGAAACCCCCCCAGAUGUGUGUGUGUUAGCUGUUAGCUUGACGCCGGUGCGACAUAGCUCCGGAUCCUCUGCAGAUAAACAGCACUUUGUUCCUCUUCCCGUCGCUAACGCCUCUAACAUGAGAGACAGGACGGUCUGACGGAGACUAGCCGACCCACCGGGGCUCCAACAGCGAUGCUAACUCGCCCGCUGAAUGAGAGCGCUGGCAGGGGGCGGGGCCUGGUGGAGGUGACUCCGCCUCCUGCUCUCCCAUUGGCUGAUGAGGUCACAAAUGAGACACGAACAGGAGUUUCUCCUGCAGGAGUUUUCCUUCCGGCGCCCCGGAGCUCCUCUUCCUCCUCCUCUCCUCGUCCCCUAACUCCUCCCUCCUUCCUCUCCUCUCCUCGUCCCCUGACUCCUCCCUCCUUCCUCUCCUCUCCUCGUCCCCUGACUCCUCCCUCCUUCCUCUCCUCUCCUCGUCCCCUGACUCCUCCCUCCUUCCUCUCCUCUCCUCGUCAUCCUCCUUUUAUUUCUCUUUCUCCUCUUCAUCACCACUCUUCUCCUCAUUUUCCUCGUCCUCCACCUCCUCCUGUCUUUUUAAAUCAAUAUCCUCCUCCUUCGUUUACUCCAUCUUCUCCUGCCCCUCCCCAUGUAGCCCCUCCCCCUGUAGCCCCUCCCACAGUAGCCCCUCUCCCAGUAGUAGCUCCACCCCCCAUAGCUCCUCCCCCAGUAGUAGCCCCUCCCCAUGUAGCUCCUCCCACAGUAGCCCUUCUCCCAGUAGUAGCUCCUCCCCCAGUAGCUCCUCCCACAGUAGCCCUUCUCCCAGUAGUAGCUCCUCCCCCUGUAGCUCCUCCCUGUGUAGUCCCUCCCCCUGUAGCUCCUCCCCCCUGCUCUUGCUCCUCCCUCCUCCCUCGUCUCCUCUCUGCUCACAGGAUGGAGGUGCGGCGCCUCCUCAGAGGAGCGAUGGCGUCUCUGGGCCGGAGGCUCGACUCUCUGGAGAGGAAGAGGAGGCGGAGCCUGAGGAGAGAAGAGGGAGGAGCCUCUUCAUGUAGACCCGCCUCCUCAGGGUCCUCCUUGUGUAGCCCCGCCUCCUCAGGAGCCUCUUCAUGUAGACCCGCCUCCUCAGGGGCCUCCUUGUGUAGCCCCGCCUCCUCAGGGGCUUCCUUGUAUAGCCCUGCCUCCUCGUGUAGCCCCACCCACCUACUAACUGUGGCCUCAUCAGGCACUGAAGAAGAGAGGAGGAGAGGCAAAGAGGGAGGAGCCUCCUCAUGUAGCCCCGCCUCCUCAGGGGUGUCUUUGUGUAGCCCCGCCUCCUCAGGGGUGUCUUUGUGUAGCCCCGCCUCCUCAGGGGCCUCCUUCUGUAGCCCCGCCUCAGGGGCUUCAUUGUGUAGCCCCGCCUCCUCGUGUAGCCCCGCCCACCUACUAACUGUGGCCUCAUCAGGCACUGAGGAGGCCCCGUCCCUCUCCUCUCAGAGCCAAUCAGAAGAGAGGAGGAGAGGCAAAGAGGGAGGAGCCUCCUCCUUUAGCGCCGCCUCCUCAGGGGCCUCCUCGUGUAGCCCCGCUCACCUGUCCCUCUCCUCUCUGAGCCAAUCAGAAGAGAGGAGGAGGAGCCUAUUAAAGGAGGAGGAGCUGAGGGGGAGGAAGAGGAAGAACCACCACAGAGGAAGAGAAGAGGAGGAAGAGGAGCAUGGUGGGAGAUUUGUUGGUCGCAUGGCGGUCUUCUUCAGAGGAGAAGAGCCAAUCACGUUGCACAAAUUCAACCACAGGAAACACAGAAGGAGAGAGGAGGGAGAAACCGAACAAUCACAGAAGGCCGUCAGUGUCGUCAGGCAGAAUGGAUUCAGAGCGCCGCCACACAGCUCAUAUUCCCAGCAUGCCUUGCACGUCCUGCCGUCAACCCACAGCCAAUCAGAAGCGCUGAACAUCUCUUCAGGCCAAUCAGAAGCGCUGAACAUCUCUUCAGGCCAAUCAGAAGCGCUGAACAUCUCUUCAGGCCAAUCAGAAGCCCUGAACAUCUCUUCAGGCCAAUCAGAAGCCCUGAACAUCUCUUCAGGCCAAUGGCGUUUCUCUGACCUCACUCCCUUCUCCUCCAAUCACGGCGUUCUGCACAUAUGGAGCUUAUACUCCUCCUCUUCCGGUUUUAGCCCCGCCCCCAUGCUGCGGCUGUCAGCGGUUGCCGUGGAGACGCUGUCAGAGUGUGUUAGGGGCGGGGCUUAUGGGAGUCCUCAGCGGCGCCUGAAGGACUGGACGGCCCCGCCCUCUCUGGGAUCUGAUCACUGUUACAUGAGAAAGCCUACACCCAGUAUUUCUGUGUUCUGCAGCCAACACUUUUCAGCCCGGCGACAUCAGAAGCAGCGAGCCAAUCACAGCUCUCGGAGCCUGCUCCUCCCCCGGCGACGGGAUAAGCCCCUCCCCCUUUGUUCAGCCAAUGGACUGCCUGCUCCGCUCGCCAUCGACCAAUCAGCAGCGAGCCCCGACUUCCUCCAGAAACGAGUCUCUCAGAUCAGGAUCAGACGCGCCUCACCACGAGACACUCUGCUCACUCCCAUGGGUCUGCCCAGGGUCAAAAGGUUGAAGAAGAAGGAGUUCAGUCUGGAGGAGAUCUACACCAACAAGAACUACAAAUCCCCCUCAACCAACAGGAGUCUGGAGACGAUCUUCGAGGAGCCGCGGGAGAAGGACGGAGCGCUGCUGCUGAUUGGCCAGCAGAGGAGGCGCAGGCUCCUCCUCUUUCCUGACUUCACUCAGCCCCGGAAGAGGAAGAGGCAGCAAGGGGCGGGACUUCCUGUUGCCUUGGUGCCCAGGAAGCGGUUGGCAGCUCGUCGUCAUGGUAACGGCGGAGACGAGGAGGCGGAGUCUGACGUGAAGCUGGUUCAGCGACUGAGCGCGCUCGAAGACUUCCUGACACAACAGGGCCUGGAGGUGUGACAUCACUUCCUGUCAGCACACAAAGCUGCUAGCACGCUGCUAACGCUAAAUUACCAUGGAGACAACGCUGCGUUACCAUGGAGACGCCGCUACGUUACCAUGGAGACACUGCUGCGUUGCCGUGGAGACGCCGCUACGUUACCAUGGAGACACCGCUGCAUUACCGUGAAGACACUGCUGCGUUACAUUGGAGACACCGCUGCGUUACCGUGGAGACACUGCUGCGUUACCGUGGAGACACUGCUGCGUUACCGUGGAGACACUGCUGCGUUACCGUGGAGACACUGCUGCGUUACCGUGGAGACACUGCUGCGUUACAUUGGAGACACUGCUGCGUUACCGUGGAGACACUGCUGCGUUACAUUGGAGACACUGCUGCGUUACCGUGGAGACACUGCUGCGUUACCGUGGAGACACCGCUGUUUGAGGUGUUUUUUUGGACAAUUUAAUAUUUUUUAAAUGUGAAAUAUUUAAUAUUUGUAAAGUUUCUGACCUGAAGCUCAGCGUCAGAUCAUCAUAAACAUCAUGAGAGAUAUUAUUAAUAAUAAAGGUCUUUAUAAAACA